GCCCGUACGCCAGUACACUACAUAUAACUGCUGGGUAACGUGUCUUUAUCCCGAAAAAGUCCAAAUCAUACAACACAAAGACAAAAUUCUCGAUAACGAUCAAUGAAAUCCUCCAGUGUACUCAAUGAGAUGCGUUUUAAGUGUGUGAUGGAAAUAAACAGCUUGGUUUGUGAGUGAAAACUUCUUAGUUGAUACGGCUAUGGCGCCGUGACCGCCUCGCGUCGGCAAUGGCGCGCUAUCGAUGGACGUUAGCUCUAAUUUUAAUUUGUCUACCUAUCCUAACGACAGUGAUAACCGCAUUCCGUAUACGCGAUUUACCUAAAUCCACCAAUGAGAUCAAUAAACCAGAAUUGAAAACGAGAAAGUGUGACGAUUGUGAUGUGAACGAGCCCAAGGUUGGUUAUAAGCUGCAUAAUGUUAAGAUCGAAAGUGAAAAAAAGUAUGAAGAAGUGAAAAAAGUGGUCCGGGAGAAGCCACAAAUAAUAAACCAAAAGAUAAUUGAAGGUAAAUCUGCUUUAAAGUUCAAGGACAAAACUGCCAUAAAUGAUGAUGAUUCUGUUGAAGUGGAAUUAUUAAAUAAGAAAACUAGCUCUAAGGGUCAGCCUACUUUAAAGAUUGAACAAACAAGCGAAUUCAAGACAAAUAUUUUAGAGAGUAAAAAGCCUACAGUUAAAACAGAUAAUGAUAACGAUGAUGAUGAUGAUGACGAUAAUGAUGAUGACGGAAGUAAGGAGGAUUCAAAAGAGAAUAAUCGAAAAAUAUCUAAUGUCAAAUACGAUUCUAAACAAAAUUUAAAAGAAAAUGAAGUAAAAAAGCCUAUAUUAAAACUAAGGGAUAUUAAUAAAAACAGCGAUGAUGAUGAUGAUGAUAGUGACGGCGAUGACGACGAUGAUGAUGACGACGACGACGAAGAUGAUGGUAUUAAGAUUUCCAUAACUAAAAAAAUAGUUACCAAAGAAAAAAAGACAAAAGAUUUAAAGGAAAAAAUUAAAGAAGAUAAUCAAACAAAGGGAUCUAAAUCUAAAAUAACUACAACAGAGGACGAGAAAAAACAAAAGGAAAAACUAGGCCCCAUAAAAAAUGAAAACAAAUUAUCAGAAGUUAAGGAGAAAAUAAGUGAUAAAACUCUGUCACAAAAAACUGACCAAAAGGAGGUACAAAAAGAAAAAAAACAUGAAAUAAAACCUGUAGAUGAAAAACCGGAAAGAGACACUGCAAAGCAACAAAAAGAAACAUCUAAAGAUUCGACUCAAUUGAAACCUCCUCAAGAAAAAAAGACCUCAAAAAAAGAAGAGAAAGAAAAUCUAAAGAAAGAAGUAAAGAAAUCUAAUUUGGAAAGCAAGAAGGACGAUAAACCUAAAGAAACAUCUAAAUCAAAAGAAACAAAAAAAUCAACUAAAACUGAGUCCGUUACCAAAAAACAGCAGGAAAGUUCUCAUAAAAAAUCAAUAGAAUCUACUCAUGAACGUAAAGAAGUACAUUCAAAAAGUGAAAGUAAUUUGAAACAAGUAACUGAUGCCUUGAAGAGGAGAAAUUUACUUCAAAGUGAAUUUGAAGACUUCUAUUCAUUUUUUCCAACGUUUGCACCUAAUUUCUCUCGUAUUCAUAAUCCAGAAUGCCGACGUCAAGGACAAAUACUCCUGAGGCAAUUGCGGGGAACAAAGUUAUGGGCUUUAAAUAUGCUCGACGCAACAGCGAAGAUUCCCUCGGGGUUACUCCAAGGUAAUGGAAUCCAACUGGGCGACUUCGACCAGUGUCUGGGAAGCCGCGCCCGAGUCCAGUUGGAGACUGGGAGCAUUGUUAAAGUCCAAGGACAGUAUUGCUUGGCUCGACUGGACCUGAAAGCUGAACGAUCAGACCUGGAGCUACCUGUACAUCUGGCACAGGCCAAGAACCUGUUCAAAAGCAGGAUAGAUGAUCCAGGUCACUUCGUGCCGCGUUUUUCAACGCUAAGUUGGGGCAUCUGUCUGCCUUCUGCCUGCAAUCCUCAAGAUGUCGAGGUGGUGGUCAAAGAUGCUCUUAUGCAUUAUCAGCAUAUUAGUGGGUUGGUCAUACGCGUUAAAGUGGACAGCAGAGACUGUCAAACGACAUCAGGAAAUGACUGGUGGGAAGAUUGGAUGCAGCUGCCAACACUUUUAACACUAGCGUUCUAUGCAGUUGUCAUUCUACUUGUAUUGGUGGCGACAGUUCAAGAUUAUUUAGCCAGUAGACAAUCGGAAGAAGUUGAAAAUACCGAGGAUUCGACCGAGAUGAAAGAGACGAAAGACGAUGAGAAAGAGAAAGACGCAGAAGCAAGUAAACGACCAGAUGGUUUCGUGAGUGCGUUUUCGUUAUACCGCACUAUUGAGAAGCUUGUCGCACCUGGGAGCACGGAUGAGAUUUCUUGCAUCCACGGCAUCAGGGGCCUGGCGACACUGGCGUUGCUACUCGCCCACAAGUUCCUGCCUGUCGCUGUUAUGCCGUACACGAACAGAGUGAAGAUUGCUGAGACAGUAAGUUCUCCCCUCUGGUCUUGGUGUCGAGCUGGCUGGAUGUACACGGAUUGCUUCUUACUCCUCAGCGGAGUGUUGAUGGCACACCGAUUCACCAGUGCUGGUGCUCCUAGGAGGCUGCUGUCUCGAUACCUUAGACUAUCCCCAGCUCUGCUAGCCGUGGUACUGUUCUAUGCCUAUAUUUGGGAUAAUAUCUCCGAGGGGCCGAUGUGGGGAACACUCGUGACGAAGAACGCCGAAGUCUGUCAGCAGGGAUGGUGGUGGAAUCUCCUGUACGUGCAGAACUAUUUUGGCUUUGAGGAUAUGUGUGCACCACAAACGCAUCAGUUAGCACUAGACAUGCAGCUUACUAUACUCGGCGUGAUUGUUGUAUGGGGUAUCCAAUCUAGAGAAGGCCUCUCUAAAAUUCUACUGCCAGUCGUUCAUCUGUUAGCGGCAUAUUCAAGAUACACCACGGUUCGUGAUCAUCGUCUCACCAUGUUGGCUUACCACGGCGCCAGCGUCAGCCAGUUAUAUAGAACAGCUCGACUGAGUUAUACUUCCACGUUUCAUCGUUCAACUCCGUAUUUAAUUGGACUCAGUUUAGGACUCGCACUGAAGAAAACUUCAGCACAUGGAAAGUUCCUCCUAACACUGGGCUGGCUAUUUAGCAUCACAUUGUGGGGUUUGGUGCUGUGGGCUGGCAUGGAUUCAGGCUACCCCCAAUAUCGCUACAAUGUGACCUUUGCAGCUCAAUAUGCAGCAUUGGCUCCAAUAGCAUCUGCUCUGGCUAUUGCUUGGAUUAUAUACGUGGUGCAUAGUGGAAAUUGCGAUUUUUUGGUUGGUUUCCUAUGUUGCCGCCCUUUGGUCCUGAUCAGUCGUCUUUCGUAUGCUCUCUACUUAUGUCAGUUUAUCGUCUUUCUCACUAAUGCAGCUACUGUCAGAACUUCAUCGGAAUUCACUUUGAUAUCAGUGAUUGACAUACAAGAAAUAUCAGGCAUAAUACUAUCAUCUGUUAUUCUAACAUUGACGUUUGUUACUCCUAUGCAAUCGAUGCAAAAAAUUUCUUUUUGGUCUGAAAGUAAGAACGACCAAUCUGAAAGCUCAGAUAAAUUAGAACCAAUAGUAGAAGAACCAGAAGAAAAAUAUAAAGAAGAAAUAUCUGAGAUCAAAUGUGAAGAAAAAAUAGAAUUACCGAUAAUAAGAAGCAGACAACAUCUAGUCGCUCAUCGAGAAAUGUUGGAAGAAAUACCAGAAGUUGAAGUUGAAUAUGAAAUACAAAGAGAAAAGAUUGAAGCUUUGGAGGAGAUAAUAGAAGAGGAAGAAGACGAAGUUGGUGAGGAGAUAGAUAAUAAUGAUGAUGAAGAUUUGGAGAUAAUUGAAGAGGAACAAGCAGGUGAAGAGAUGUGGGAGGAAAGAGAUUAUUCUGUAGGAAGGUCUCAGUCGAGAAACGAUGACCAGGAUCUUGACGAAUGGGAGUGGACGACUAACGGUGGUGAUCGAAAUGGAGCUCAAUAUUAUCGUUACAGUAGAUAACGAUAUUUAUCUUUUAAAUUAAAUUCAAAUCCUUUCAAUAAAC